UAUAUACGAUACCUUUCUUUUCCAGUCUGAUAUGAUCGCUUGUCCAAUCAGUUCCACCCCUACACUUGGGUUUCUCAUAAGUCGAUUAAAUUUCUUUGAUUCAGGAGACCGUACCGGUAUACGACUAAGCAAACACCAAUAUAGUUCAGGAGGUUCUCUCCUUCUCAAGUCUCAAGGCUCUCAACCCACAAAUUCACCAUGGAGAGGCAGCUGACUCCUAAUCAAGCAGUUCUCCGUGGGAUCCAUUCUACCACAGUUCACCGGAAUGGUUAUGGAAGAUGGUUGAUGAGGAUACGUUCUCACUCCCACUCUACUUACUCCUGAAUCAAGAUUUGUGAGCCGGUUCGAACCGUGCGGCAUUAACUUUUAAUUCCCUAUUGUUAAUCACUUGAUUGCUAAUCUGAUUUUGUCUUUCCCUUAAUGGGUUCUCUGUUUUCAUCAGUGAAGAGAUUCUUUCGUGAUUUUCAAGGGAAAGAGAGAAGGUUGGUCUGGAAUCAGAUGGCUUGUUAGAUUCCUUACCAAAUAGAUAGAUAUAUAGAGAAAGAGGGAAGAGAAGAGGAGAAAGAAAGGUUUAAUUGUAACGGAGGAGACAUGGGUAGGCUUUUCGUGGUCAGUCUGGAAGGCAAGAUCUACAGCUGCAAGCACUGCCAAACCCAUUUCGCUUUAUCUGAAGACAUCGUUUCCAGGUAUUUCCACUGCAGGCAUGGGAAGGCUUAUCUCUUCAGUAAGGUUGUGAAUGUCUCAGUUGGGGAGAAAGAAGAGCGGUUGAUGAUAACUGGAAUGCACACUGUUGCUGACAUUUUCUGUGUAGGAUGUGGAUCAAUCGUCGGAUGGAAAUAUGAGGCUGCACACGAGAAGAACCAGAAGUACAAGGAAGGAAAAUUCAUCCUUGAGAGGUUUAAGGUGUCAGGCCCUGAUGGAAGCAACUACUGGGUCGGUCAUGAAGCUCAUGUCGGUGGAAGUGAUGCUGAUGAUGUUUGAUUGCCUCUGAUCCAGGCAAUGCUUCACCUGUUCCAACUGUAUAUUCUCGAUCCCAUUGUUCUUAACUGUAUAUUCUUGAUCCCAUUGUUCUCAGCUUGAAUGAAUCUUCAAUUGGAUAAUUGCUGAUGUUAUCCCAGCUGUUUGUUGUCAUACAUGGUUGUUAUUCUUAGUUUCAUUCGAAUAUUGCAUUGCAUGUGUGUGCUGCUGUUGAAAUCA